GUUUGAACCAGGGGCGCCGGUGAGGGUGUCGUGGGGUUGGGGGAGCGCGCGGAAGCGCGCUUCCGGGCCCUGAACCCACGAGCCAGCGGCGACACCGGCAGCGGGGACCGACGGAGGGGCUGGCCCUGCGUGUGCCGGGGACUGCGACACUUGAGUGCAAACGGGGAUGGAAACAUCUGUAUGACAGAAAACCUGGCCUCUUACUGCUAGGACUCUCCUCUUGGCUCCAAGCCUUGAGGGCAGUGAAGAGACAGAGAAAAGGCGUUGCCAUGGUGAUGGCGGCCGAGGACAGCGUGGUCCGGGUGGUGGUGCGGGUGCGGCCCCCCACCCCUCGGGAGCUGGAGAGCCAGCGGCCGCCUGUGGUCCAAGUGGUGGACGACCAGGUGCUGGUGUUCGACCCUGAAGCGCCUGCCGGGGGCCUCCCUGCCCUCGAGUGGGGCGGUGCCCAAGAGGGCCCGAGGAGGAAGGGCAAAGACCUGACGUUUGUCUUUGAUCGGGUGUUCGGGGAGGGGGCCACGCAGCAGGACGUCUUCCAGCACACCACCCGCGGCGUCCUGGACAGCUUCCUGCAGGGCUACAACUGCUCAGUGUUUGCAUACGGGGCCACUGGGGCCGGGAAGACACACACCAUGGUAGGGCAGAACGGGGACCCUGGCAUCAUGUACCUGACCACCAUGGAGCUGUACCGGCGCCUGGACGCCCUGCGGGAGGAGAAGCGAUUCGAGGUGCUGGUCAGCUACCUGGAGGUCUACAAUGAACACAUCCAGGACCUGCUGGAGCCGAAGGGGCCCCUCAACAUCCGCGAGGACCCCAGCAAGGGCGUGGUGGUGCAGGGCCUGUCCUUCCACCAGCCUGCCUCGGCCGAGCAGCUGCUGGAGAUGCUGAGCCGGGGGAACCGAAGCCGCACGCAGCACCCCACCGAUGCCAACGCCACGUCGUCCCGCUCCCACGCCAUCUUCCAAGUCCUUGUGAGGCAGCAGGACCGUGUGCCGGGGCUGGAACAGACCCUCCGGGUGGCCAAGAUGAGUCUGAUUGACCUGGCGGGCUCCGAGCGGGCAUCCAGCACCCACGCCCAGGGCGAGCGGCUGCGGGAGGGGGCCAACAUCAACCGCUCCCUGCUGGCCCUCAUCAGCGUCCUCAACGCCCUGGCCGACACCAAGGGCCGCAGGCCGCACGUCCCCUACCGGGACAGCAAGCUGACCCGCCUGCUGAAGGACUCCCUCGGGGGCAACUGCCGCACCGUGAUGAUCGCCAACAUCAGCCCCGCAGGCCUGGCCUACGAGGACACGUACAACACCCUCAAGUACGCCGACCGGGCCAAGGAGAUCCGGCUCACGCUGAAGAGCAACGUGGUCGCCCUGGAUUGUCACAUCAGCCACUACACCACCGUCUGCCAGCAGCUGCAGGCUGAGGUGACCGCCCUGAGGACAAAGCUGCAGGAGUACGAGGCCAGAGCACAGGCCCCGGGGCGCUCCCUCUCGCUGCUCGGCGCCCCCAGUCAGCCCUGCACCCCAGGGCUCCCCCCGGAGUCUGGAACCCAACAGGACCAGAGCCCAGAGGCAGAGGCCCAGGAGCUAUGGGCCCUGGAAGGGAGCUGUGCAGACCAGGGGCAGCCCCAACGCAGUUGGGACGGAGGCCCAGCCCAGACUCCAGCCCAGGUGCCAGAGCUGAGCCCCAGACCCUCAGUUUCCAGGAUGCCCGGCCUGAUCCUGCCGCCCUCGCCGGCCUCGGGGCCCAGGUCACUGCAGAGACCUCGAAGGGACCACUCUGGGCGGCUGGCCCUCCGGGUGCUGCGCCUGGCCCAGCAGCAGUACACGCUGCUCCAGGCUGCUGGCCUGCUCACUCCCGACCUGACCGAGGAACUGGAGAUGCUGCAGCAGCUGGUGCAGGAAGCAGGUGCAGAUUCUGGGGCCGAGAGCUGCGGGAUGCUGGGCCUGGCUGGAGCGGCCCCUCUGGCUCAGGAGCUGUCCUCAGAGUCCUGGUCUUCAGGCUACCGUGGCCCUGUGACCCGGACCAUGGCAAGGCGACAGAGCAGCCUCACACACACCCUGGGAUUCCCCUCUGGGCCUGAUGACACCCCAGCCCUGGUGUCCCGACAGCCCACAGAGAAGAGGAGGAGACGGAGCCCCACCGAGCCCGACAGCCCCCUGGUCCCGAGGCAGGAGACCAAACGCCAGCGCCAGUCCUCCUUGCCCUGCAUGAGAAAGAGGCUGCUGCCUGAGCCCUGCACCCCUGCCAGGGCCCUGGCCUCCCCAACCUGCCACUCCCCUCGCCUCUGCCCAGCCACUGUCAUCAAACGCCGGGUGCCCCUGGGGCCUUCGGCCCUGCAAAACUGCUCCACACCCCUGGCCCCGCCUACCCGUGACCUCAACGCCACCUUCGACCUCUCUGAGGAGCCCCCCUUGACACUCAGCUUCCAGGAACAGACUGGGCCCGGCCAGCCCUGCGUCGCCAGCAGGCCAGCAUUCCUGUUCACUGAGCGGGGGCCCAGGCCCACGACCUCCCUGCCCCGGACCUUGACCUGCAAGAAGAGGCGCCCAGUGAGUUCCUCCGCCCCCCUGGGCCGAAGCCGCAUUGCCCGCCUGCCCAGCAGCUCCUUGAAGAGGCCCGCGGGGGCCCUGGCCAUCCCAGAGCCGCCCUCGAGGCUGAAGACCCAGGAGAAGCCUGCCAGGGCUGGGGGCCGCGUCGCCCGGGUGUCCUGAUCCCUGGCUGCCCCCAGCCUGGGCACUCGGAGCCAGCACCCGGUCCUUGCCACCCGCCCUGUUGAUUCUGUUGCCACCCUCUUCCCUCGAGGGCGGUGCUCAGCCUCCCAGCAUGUUCUGGUGCCGUUCACGUGGGCAGUUUUGAGGGUGCUGCCUGCCCGGGCCACACCAGACACUGCAGUGGGGAGCAGACGGGCCUGGUGUGGCUCCUGGUAGCCCAGCGGGGCAUCCUCAGCCCUGGCUUUGAUCCACAGAGGAGGCUCUUCAUCUGCCCAGGGCGCACCCCCUGUGCGAGUCAUCCCCGCGCCUCCCUGGGUGUAAAUGCCAGUGCAUACGGGGUUGCACCCCGAUCUCCCGUCUGUGUACAGAACAGGCACACGUGGACACAGGUCCAUCCUUCCCACCGUGAUUAAUAAACCAGCUCUCUCUGGUUGAGAGCCUUUGGCACCUACACAGGGAGGACACUUCUACCCCGACCCCAGGGCGGAGCGGCUCCACACUCAGGCCCAUCCUGGAGCCCCACCUGCAUGGGGGACGGAGGGAUCCACACAGCUCCGCUCUCCACAAAGCCAGUGCCGGCUGAACGAAUUAACUAAACACGAUUACAGAAGCCUGUGUUGACUUGCUACUGAGCACAGACACAUUAAGGCUGUCUACCACAGGGUCAAGUCUCAGGUGGGCGACCACGCUGUUUGGGGGAGCAGCUGCCCACCGGCUGUGUCCGACUUGGUCCAAUCCCUCAAGGAGGAUGGGACAGCACCACACCAGCCAGCGCCACCGCAGAGUGCAUGGCUGGAAGAGGUGAAUGAGGAAGGCAGGAAGGCUCCUGGGGUGGAAGCAGCAGGCGCCUCUGCAUUCAUCCUGCCGCUGCUUCCCCUGUGCAGGGUGGUGCCCAGGGUGGCUGGAGCUUCGAGUCUGCACCCCUGGCAGCCUGGUGCAGCCCUGACCCUGGGUCCGCUGGUGUGGGCGAGAUGCAGACUGACUUCCAGGGCACCAAGGACCUCCUCCCUUGGGCAUCGGUGCUCCCCGCGUGGAGGCAGCAGGCAGGGUGCCAUGAAGGGGACAAGGGGCUGCCAUAGAGGUCGCCCCAACAGGCACUCCCGGUGCUGCUCACUCCGCAGACAUCUGUGGCUCUCAAGUGCAGCCCACGGUCUCCUGCUGACCAGCGACGCCCUCGACCUCAGGGUCGGCCCACAGCAGGCCUUCAUGGGCCUGAGGCCUGAGCCCAGCGGGGCGGCAGGAUGGGCUAACCUCCGCCGGGAGCCUGUGGAUCAGGUGGCUCCUGCUGGACCACCCCAGAUGGUGAUUGACACCCCGGCACAGUGCCCAGCUAUGUCUCCUCAGGCCGCACCCUGGCUCCCCACACUCCCCAAGCUCACCCGGGCCCAUCCUGGGGUCGAAUCUGCUUUUUGUAGGACCCAGCUUGGUGCUGGGAGCUGGGAACAGAAUGCAACUCAACCUUCCCAUGGGGUGGGGGCGGCGCCGAUCCCUGUGACAAAGGGAGCCAAACCCUCCGGGAGCACCGACAGCUGCCAGGGGAGAGGAGGCACCCAGCCUGGGGUCUUCUGCGGCAGCCUCUACCUCGGGGCCCUGCCCUGUCUCCAGUGUCCCCCAGGAGUGGACCCUGCUGGUGGGUGUGCUUGGGGUGUGGUUCCCAGCCCGCCUCCGGGGGGUGGUGUCCUGGUGCAUGGGAAGACAGCGGGCAAUAAAGGGGCCAGGGGACCCGGCCCGAUCCCUGGCCCAUCUGGAGGACAGGCUGGGAGCACCAGGCCACUGCCCCCGUCCCCUCACCGGUCAGUCCCCAUCUCACUGUCCCCUCCUGGAGGAACAGACAAGCAGGGAGCAGAGCCAGGGAAGCAGUUAGACAGGGGGGCUUGGGGAGAGACUGAGCUUUAACCCCGCACGGCAGCCUGGAUCAGGGAGGUGACUCAAGGUGACCUUGCACCUGCGGUGGGGCCAGGGAAGGAGGCGACUGUGGGAGUCCCCUCGGGGCAUCCACCUGGGGUCUCCAGCCUCUGUCCAGGGUGGAGGUGGGGACAUGGAUGCCAACCCCACCUUGUCACCAGCCACUGCCCCAUCCUAGCAACAGCCAGUCCCUUCCCAGGUUGGCCAAGAGGACAUGGUGGCCCUCACUCGGCCACGCUCACUUCAGGGGUGUGAAUGUGGAUGGAGAAGCACAGGGAAGGUGUAGGGAAGCUGUGAUGGCAGCCAUGGUGAUGCACCAGCAUCCCAGUCACCCAGGAGGCUGAGGCAGAAGGGUCCCCAGCUCAAGAGCCUGGCGCAUUUCCCUGGCAUGCAGGAAGCCUUGGGCUCUGUCCCCAGCACCAGGAAACAAACGCAGGCCACCCGCUGUGUGUUUCCAUAGGCGUGGCGGGCGUCCCGACAGAUGGAGACUGGAGGCCCUGAAGCCCACGCUGUCACAGCCAGCGAGGAGCAGGCCUGUGCCCUCCCCUCUGGAAGGCAGUGGCAGGUGGCAGACAAAGUCUGAGUGAGAGGUGCUCGUGGGACAGCCCACCGCCUCUGCUCCCAGAAGCUCGGAGCUGCCUGCGCGACUUAGCAAGGUCCUGUCUCAAAAUAAAAAUACAAAAAGGGCUGGGGAUGUUGCUUGGUGCUCUGGGUUCAACACUCAGGAGGAGGGAGGGAGGGAAAGGAAAGAGCCACCCGCCCAGGACGGCUUUCUCCCUCAGGAGCAGCAGCCUGGGCAGCCGAGCACUGCCAUCUAGUGACCAUAGGGCUCAGUCCCCUCCUGGCAGGGCUGGGGUGCUGGCCAAGGGCCACCAUGGACGGACGGAGGCUCCUCACCUCAGCCUGCUCGCUGCCAUCUGUGCCAGGCCCUGCGUGAGGGCCGGGGGCAAAGGGAGCCACCACUGGGUUGGAGCUGGCGAAGCAGGCAAACGCCAGGCCCCUGUGGGCUGAGGCCAGGUGGGGCAGGUCUGUCUCUGUCUCGGGCCCAGGCUCUGCCCGCUGACCAGGGGCCACCCGGCAGCUGUGAGCGUCACUCAGAGGGGCAGCAGGGGAAGCGUCGCCGUCCGACCCGGGGCCUGGUGACGGACGCAUCCAGCGGAAACUAUGCAGCUGUGACAGGGAUGCUGGAGACAAGUAUUUAUUGAUGUGGGAAAAUGUUCACAGCAGAUUGUUGAGUCAGGAAAGCAAAUUGCAAAAUAAUUUCUACAGCAUGAGCCUUUUUUUAAAAAAAAGAUUUUAUAUGUUUAGAAAAAAAUCUGGUAAUGUUUAUCUCCAUGUGCCGAAAUUACGGAUGAAUUCUUUUGUAUUGCUUAUCUGUAUUCUCUUAUUUUUUUUUUGUUACAAUGCAAUAAAAAAUAGCAACAAUGACUUGGGGAGACCAUGCCAAUGUGUGUGAGGGUGGACGGCCUGGCACAGUGAGGAGGAGGACAGAGCCGCUCAGGCUGCCCCCCGUCGGUCACUCUGUCCCCCGUUCUCUUGGGGACGCCAAGGCCGAGGCUGCCUGCUGCCUCACCAGGUCGAGGGCCCAGGGCUGCAGCGGCUGGGAGGGGCCCGUCACAGCCUGGCAACGCUGGGCCAGCCUACAGCUCCCCUGGCGCCGCCGGUGACUGACCUGGCACAGGCACAAUGGCCCGGUGGGCACACAGCCUGCUUCCCGCGGCCCCGCCUCCCUCGGGCUCAUUCCGGGAAGGACGUGGAGCGGGGCUUGCCUGACAGUCAGGGUCUUGGGACAAAAGCGGCGCCGCCCCCUGGGGCAGCCCCGGCCCUGUGGCGCCUGCCUGUAGGGAACCGGGCCCCACUCAGGCGCGGGGGAGGCAGGGCGUGCCUGCGUGCGUGCGUGCUUGCUUGUGCCCGUGCGUGUGAGCGUGCGGGGCUGUGCUUCACAGAAGCCCCGAGGCACAGGCGGCUGAGGCGCUGGGUGGGACCUGCACCCCUCACCUCGCACGCCUGCUGCCCUGAGCCACGGCCCCUCCCCAGCCACCCCGCCCCACGCAAUGUCCAGGAACAGGAGAGGGAUGGGGAGGUGGCGCCACAGGGACGCAGUCGCCCAGUGCGGCCAGGCCAUUCG